CAUGAACCCACUUACAGUUUGCACAGAUUUUCAACGGCUUUGCUCAUUUUUCUAUUCACUUGCAUCUCCAGAGCCUGAAGAUGUGCGUAAAAAUGACUCCGCAGAGGCAGAAACCCAAGGUCUUGUGACCACGUUCACCAAAGUCUAUAAUCUCAUCGGCUGCGUAGUUGCAACUGUGCUUUACUUCUACCUUACACUAUACUGGUCCGAUUAUCUCUAUACUUUUGACACAAUCCUCACUGUUUAUCUAGCAGAAUACUGCGGUUGGGCUAACGAGAGAGUUCGAAAACAUGGUCAAAGAUAUCAACAAGAAAAAAGCGAGAUUCCUCUCGAUCUGAAUAUGGCAGAGAAGGGGGAACACGGCAUGCAUCCCAAGAAGUUGCACCUCGGUUGCAUUGCUGCAAUCGUAGGAUAUCGCGAGGAUCCAGAUAUAUUCAAGAAGGCUCUCGAAAGUUACUUGGAUGCUGAGGGCUGUCAGUUCGUGCUGACCUGCAUUGAUGGUAACGAGCCAAAGGACGACGAUAUGGUUGACAUAUUUCGAAAAGUCUACCCCAGUCACUCGGCAGUUCUCAAUCUCCCCAUUCCGCUCGUGGAUAUUGCACUGCAGAUGGACCGCGACAUUGACACGCGGGGCUACGACACAAGCGUUGUUGAUAAAUGUGUCACUUUGGCCAAGCAGACCUUGCUCGAAAAUCAAAUCCAUCUUACCGGCCCUAAUGCCGUAACGCAUUUAUGUGUUACCCAGCCUCACAUGCACAAGAAGGGUAUCAUGUUUACUUCCUUCAUCAUUUGUUUUGCUGUAUCUGAACUUCUGGACAUCGAGUUUGUGUGGACCUCCGACUCGGAUUCCAUGGUCUACAGAGACACCAUCAAGACAACAAUUGAAACCAUUCAUGGGGAUGACAAGUGCGCAGGAGCCAGUACCGCGCUGAAUAUCCACAACCGCAAGGACAAUCUUGUCACGACGCUAGGGAAUACGAUCUACCUGAACGAUUUGCAUCUUUCAAGGUGCUUUUCAAGUGCUGUGGGCUCCAACGACUGCCAGAGUGGGCCUUGUGCAGCGUUUCGCAUCAAGUCCCUUAAGCCUGAACUUUUGAGGUGGUACAAGCAGACUGUGUUUGGAAACUGGAUGAUCGUCAAUGAAGAUAGGCAUAUGACUACUCGUCUACUUCUCCUAGGCUAUCGCGUCCGCUAUAUCCCGCACGCAAUAACUGCUACUGAAACACCUGUCACUCUCCGUCGCUGGCUCCUGCAGCAAGUUCGCUGGGCUCGAGCUGUGCACAUCGAGUCUUAUGUCCAUCCAACCAUGUACCUCCAUCAACCACCGCUCUUCUUCUAUGCUGCAUUGCGGCGGGAGGUCACGUCCUUUAUCAUUUUUACAACAAUGAUGUCGUACUUCCUUGUCGGCGUCAGCCCUUUCAUGCGAUUUGUACCCAGGGACUUCAUAGCAAAGUUCUUGUUGACCGCUGUUUAUCUGAAGACAAGGAAUCCUAUCAAUCCUACGUGGGGCGAGUGGGUGUGGUCCAUCCCGGCUGCGCUAUUCUACAUGAUACCGCUGCCAGCAAUUCAGGCCUGGAGUUUCGUAACAAUGCUUGCUAAUGAAUGGGGUACGUCAAUGCGAGGCGACUUAGAGAAAGAGCAGGAGGAUCGAUGGAGAGAGGUAAAGAAGAAGGCGUGGGAGGUGGGGUUCUUCGUCGUUUGGAUGGGUGUUAUUGGUGGGGUAGUUGGUCGUUACAUCAGCUCUGAAUUGGAGUUAGAUGUAUCAACGAGUAAAUUAUGCUUGGGGUUGGGUACGACAGUCAUGUGGACGGUGUCUGGAUAUUGGUUUAUGAUCAUCAAAGAGUGAGAAAGUUGAGAGGACGCCGAGACAAGGCAGCCUCCUAAUCAGCGUUUUGAAGACUGGCAACUCAGGGAUGAAAGUGUGCAAGGAUUUGAGUAAUCAUUUAGAUAUGCCAUCAUCAUAAUGACA